AUGGAUACAAUUCCUGAUUUUUUACAACGAGUCAAACAACAGUAUUUGCAGCAAGUCAGCCUGGAUCAGUUUCAAUGGGUUACGUCUGAUAUUGAAUGGUCAGUUUUGGUCGAACCCUUUACACAGGCUUAUUUGGGUGAAUUUUUGUAUCCAUCCAUUUAUACGAAAUUUUUUUUGAAGUCCUAUUUUCGACUUCUCGAUAAACACAGUCAGAACCAUACAGAACCCGAUGAGACUCUCCUUUACAUAUACAUAGAGUCACUCUCUAGCAGAGAAAUUCCUCCUGUACAAUAUACACUGGGUGAUUGCUCUGUUCAAGUGUACGAGUCUCAAAAUAUUUUGUUAAGAGCAGGGACCACAGGCGUACGUACUUGGGAAGCUGGAAUGGCUCUUGCGGAACUGCUGUAUCAGAAUCCCAUAAACCCGGGAACUCGUGUUUUAGAACUUGGUGCUGGUACCGGUUUAGUCAGUAUUUUAUGCUCCAAAAUGGGGGCUUCCGUGCUAGCAACCGACGGAGAUAACAAAGUUUGUCAAGGUGUAGAAGAAAAUGCUCAUCUAAAUGAAUGCGAGCUUUCCGUUCAACGUUUACUUUGGGGAGUUGAUCCACCUGUUUACGCUGACCUUGUCCUUGCAUCAGAUGUCACAUAUGAAGGUGAUUUACGAUGUUUAGCAACAACGAUGAAUGACCUUACUGUAGUCAAUCCUCGUUGUAAAAUUCUUUUGGCAGCAACAUUGCGAAGACGGGAAACCAUUGACAACUUUUUACGGUUGAUCUCCAACUUCCAUGUAAGAGUUUUAACAAAGAAGAAAUACGAAAAGCUCCUUUAUUACGAUAGUCCUCCCGUUGUUUUUUAUGAAAUAUUUCGGUAA